GUGCUGGCGGUGAUGGGCGGCAGCGGCACGCAGGCCAACCCGGAGGCGAAGCGCCUGUACGACGACCUGCUGUCCAACUACAACCGCCUCAUCCGGCCCGUCGGCAACAACUCGGACCGCCUCACCGUCAAGAUGGGCCUCCGUCUCUCCCAGCUCAUCGACGUGAAUCUGAAGAAUCAGAUUAUGACGACGAACGUGUGGGUUGAACAGGAGUGGAACGACUACAAGCUCAAGUGGAACCCGGACGACUACGGCGGCGUGGACACCCUCCACGUUCCUUCGGAGCACAUCUGGCUGCCCGACAUCGUCCUCUACAACAACGCGGACGGCAACUACGAGGUGACCAUCAUGACCAAGGCGAUCCUGCACCACACGGGCAAGGUCGUCUGGAAGCCGCCCGCCAUCUACAAGUCCUUCUGCGAGAUCGACGUCGAGUACUUCCCGUUCGACGAGCAGACGUGCUUCAUGAAGUUCGGCUCGUGGACUUACGACGGGUACCUGGUGGACCUCCGGCACAUCGCGCAGUCGCCGGACUCUGACACCAUCGACGUGGGCAUCGACCUACAGGACUACUACCUGUCCGUCGAGUGGGACAUCAUGAGGGUGCCCGCAGUGCGCAACGAGAAGUUCUACAGCUGCUGCGAGGAACCCUACCCCGACAUCAUCUUCAACAUCACGCUGCGCCGCAAGACCCUUUUCUACACGGUCAACCUGAUCAUCCCCUGCGUCGGCAUCUCGUUCCUGUCCGUGCUCGUCUUCUACCUGCCUUCCGACUCGGGGGAGAAGGUGUCGCUGUGCAUCUCGAUCCUGCUGUCGCUGACCGUGUUCUUCCUGCUGCUGGCCGAGAUCAUCCCGCCCACGUCGCUGACGGUGCCGCUGCUGGGCAAGUACCUGCUCUUCACCAUGGUGCUUGUCACGCUGUCGGUCGUCGUCACCAUCGCCGUACUCAACGUCAACUUCCGGUCGCCCGUCACGCACCGGAUGCGGCCCUGGGUGCACCGCCUCUUCAUCCAGAUGCUGCCCAAGGUGCUGCUGAUCGAGCGGCCGAAGAAGGACGACGCUGUGGACGAGGAGGACGAGGCGCCGGACGGCGUCCUGCUGGACACGCCGCCCGACGUCGACAAGUACCUGGGCUUCGCGGCGGCGGCCACGGGCGGCGGCGGCGGCAGCCUAAGCCUGGGCGGCAGUGUGGGCGGCAGCGUCAGCCUGGGCGGCGGCGGGGGCGGCGGCAAGCGCUUCUCGGCCGACUACGACCUGCCGCUGGCGCUGCCCGCCGCCGCCUUCGGCGACCAGGGCCUGCCCCCGCUGCCUCUGCCGCUGCCCCCGGGCCUCCCGCUGCCCGCCGCCGACGACGACCUGUUCGGGGGCGCCGCCUCCUGCCCCGCCGCCGCCGCCGCUGCCGCCGCCGCCGCCGCCGCCGCGCUGCACCCGCACGACGUCAGCCCCUCCUUCGACAAGCCCACUCACGAGAUGGAGAAGACCAUCGAGGACGCGCGCUUCAUCGCCCAGCACGUCAAGAACAAGGACAAGUUUGAGAGCGUGGAGGAGGACUGGAAGUACGUGGCGAUGGUGCUGGACCGGCUGUUCCUGUGGAUCUUCACGAUCGCGUGCGUCAUGGGCACGGCGCUGAUCAUCCUGCAGGCGCCUUCGCUGUACGACACGACGCGGCCCAUCGACAUCAAGUACUCCAAGAUCGCCAAGAAGAAGUUCAUGAUGAUGAUGGGCCCCGAGGAGGGCUAGGACCGGCGCUUCACAUUGCACACCCCUGUCGGAAUAAACUCUUCGUCGCUGCCCUCCCCCUUCGCCAAGUUGGCCUACGCUCUGUGGCUGCUCUCGUAAAGCCGAGACAGCGCGGUCAGCCAUUUACCGCGAGCUGUUGCCAACCUGUAGGAGACGCCGCGCACCCAAGUCUCUGGUGAUGAUGCUCGGACCGCGGUGGUUCUCUUGACGACUGCAGGCGGAUCUGCUGGGCACACGUAUUACCGUACGAGAAAACGGGUCACGAAUCUGUACGAGCACGACAGCGCGAGAUACAUCGGUUGGUCCCUCCCCGAUGUACGUACAGGCCCAAAAAAGUUCGAUGCACAGCAAAAUCAGUACUUUUUAUGGAUAUGGAUUACUUAUGCAGAGAAAGGAGAAAAUACGUAGAGAACAUAGAGGUGGUAGCGAACUCAUGAGGCGAAUUCUUCCUGCAACUGGACGCUACAGGUUUACCAUCUACGCGACCACCUUUUUUACGAGACGUCAGUUGCCUGACUUGUUAGAUGAGCGAUGAAGACCGCCGCGUAUAUGACCCGUGCCAGCCUCUUCAUCGCGGAUUAGCACAUUCAUCCAAACUCUUCAAAGUAUUCGUUAAAUAUGCUCCAAUCUCUGCCUUCCCCUAAUUUUUUACUCUUUAUAGCUCUCUCGUACCAUGAAAAGCUAUUCCCUAACUUCUUUAUGCAAAUCCUGUCGUCCUGUCCCGUCUCUUUGCCAGCGUUUUCCAUAUCUUCCUUUCUUUCCCGAUUCUGUGGACAGCGACUUCAUUUCUUAAUUCAUCAGUCCAAUUAAUUUUCAUCACCCUUACGUAGUACCACGUACACAGAAACUUCUUUCCUCAGAUUAAAGCCGAUAUUUUAAACUAGUAGACUUCCUUGGUCAGAAACACCCUCUUCAGCUGUGCCAGUCUGCUUUUUAUGUAGUUCUUGCCUUGCCCAUCACGUGUUAUUUUGUUUCGGAGGGAGCAGAACUCCAUCGUCUGCUUCUUGGGCUCAUAUUUUGAUGUUAAGCUUGUCGGUAGCCCCAUUUUCGCUAACAGUCAUUAAGUUUUUUUUCACUUUCCUUCGAUUUACCCUCAAUCACUAUUCUUGUAGUCAUUAGACUAUUCAUUCCAUUCAAGAGGUCCUGUAACUCUCUUCACUUUCACCGAGGAUACGAAUGUCCUCAGCCAGUCCUAUCACCGAUGUUAUUUCCACUGAUUUUUAAUCCCACUCCUGGACCAUUAUUUCACUUCCGGCAUUGCUUCUUCGACAUAAAGAUUGAACAGUAGGGGUGAAAAUCUGCUCCCUGCCUUGCACCGUCUUCAGUCGGAGCACUUCGUUCUUGGUGCUUCAUUAUUAGUGUUCCCUAUCAGUUUUUGUACAUAUUAUAUAUUUCUGGUGCUUCUCUGUAGCUUACACAAAUUUUUGAACAUUUUAUACCAUUCUGCACAGUUUUGACUUUAUUUGCAGAAAACAAGUGUUGUUAACGGUUUUCAGAAUUUCCUUCAUAUUGACAGAAACGUCAUUCAGUUUGUACAUACUUUUCGCCUUAUUGUCUCUUUUCACCACGGUCAGCUUGUCCACCCGCUUCUCACAUCCCACAGGGUUUAGUUUUCAGUAGCUUCCCAACGUAGUGAAGAUUUCUCAUGAUCGGUUAACAAACAAUAAAAAAAGAACAAAAAAUAAAUAAAAAGUUGUCGUGUGGGUAAUUACCAGGCGAAAACUUUUAUACAACGUGACUUCGCCUGCGUGCACGACAAUUUCGAAGCUUAUUUGUCCCUUUCGUUGCCCACAAGGCAACGUGUGGACCCCAUUUCAGGUCAUCACAUAAAAGGAGACAGAGAGAGGGUGGGAGCCGGCAAUCGAAUGUAAGAAGUCACAGGUAGCUUCAGUUAGCAAUCGCAUAGAGGUGAUGCUUGUGACAAUUUAACAGUCAGUGAAUUUCCUCCAUGAACAGCUCCAAUACUAGCAGUCGUUGGUGGUGACUCUUCUGUUUCCUCGUCUUUUGCUAUGUGUAUGAAACAUGAUCCAAAAAGUUCCAGAUAUAUUACAGAUGGUUUCUAAUUCCACCUUCCCUUUCCUCCCAGAACAUCUCACUAUCUGAAAACCGACUAGGAAAGCCAGAAUAUCCACCAAGUGGAUUCAUUCCAGUGGUUUAUGGGCGAGAAACAGUUUCAAAGCGAGACACUCAUUUUCAAUCAAGUGUAUUCUUGAUAAUAUUAGAAAAGCCGAUUGCUAUGAUUGCAAGGGCUUCUCGUCAGUGAAUUAUUGAAUUCUUGCUCUGUUCAGUGUGGUUGAACCGAUAACACAUAUAUCAUAUUCCAAAUUAACUAGAAGAGUGUUGAAAGUGCGUUCAGAAUUGUCAUGUAGAAGCUUUUUUUAAAAACUGAAAUCGCACUCCUCACAACCAGUCAAAUAUGGGAUGAAUUGCGAUGAAGCCUUCUCCCACAUGAUCCGUUUUCGCUUCCAAGAUUUUCCAAACGUGCAGUUACAGGAAGAACUAUAGCGUCGAACCAAUAUCUUUAUUUGUGUCAGAUGAAACAUGUUUCAGAAGCCAACACCUUCCUCCGUGUGAAAUUGCGUUAGGUACGAAUCAAUACGCUACUGAUGUGCUCCAUCUCACAUUCGUUUCUUCACACUACUGAAAAGCAUAUCGUCUUGUCACUCUGUUCGAUCCGGCUUAUUUUCUUGUUACAGCUUUGUCAAACGCUUGAUAGACCUUGUAUUCUUGUAUACACACGCUGCUCAAUUUGUAGAUGCGACUUUUGUGCAACGUUUGUUAGGUCAAUGUUCUUCUUGCAUGUGUAGUUCCGUUACUACCUAAUCUUUAGAGAAUGAUGUUAUGUCACCUGCUGUUUACGGUGAACAUUUUUUUGUAAGCAUUACCCAUUCUAGUUAUCGUACUUAAUGUUUAAAUAUUUCACAGAUACAUUUUAUGAAAAAUGUGUAUUUUAAAUUUAAACUGAAGUAAUUCGUCAAUUUUAUAGUAUAUUUAAAUUUUAAGCGUAUUAGCUCUUUUUUAAUGACACUUACCAUUUCUAAUUUGUAGAGGAAAUUGAAUGAAUUAACUCAGGUGUAUAUUGUAACAAAGCACGUGUUACGUUACGCGGUCGUCACGGUAGUUACGGAAACUGCCGUCAUGUUUUCAAAGAUACUUCAUCCCGACGGGGUUGCAAUAUGAAGCGCUUAAUCUUUACAUCGAAAAUUACUAUUCAUCGUACUCUGCUGCCGUUUAUGUACUGUUUCGGCCGCCUGAAGCCGGCUGCAGUUGUCGCUAGUGCGAACAUGUUCCUAUGUAGAGACGUGAUGUGAAUUAAACUGUGAAGACCACGCCGGUCUUAACACAGCGACUUACACAGCGAACCGAAGCGCUGGUAGACAAGUGACGAAUGGUGCUGUUGAUUUUAACAUACAAACAAAAAAAAAGGAAUAAAAAAAGAGCAGAAAGUGUGACCAGUUGUGCCAAAGUUAAAGGAUGGUGAAAGAACUUCGCGUGAAGAGUUGGAACUUCUAGGGAAGAAAAUUCCCUGCGUCUUGUGAAGAUACUUAAUUAUCAGUGGAGUUAUCUGUUUGAAAAAAGUGUUUUUGAUCCGUUUUCAAUAUUUGUUCCUAAUUUUUCAUUCACACAGCAUCGAGGGGAUCUUUGGAUGUGCAGCUGGGCCGUUUGCAGCGUGAACUUCAUCGCAGACACGUUAAUUUGCUGCUGUAUGGUAACCUCCAGCCGACGACAGUUCUCUGCUGUUGGCGUUCCUUAUGGGUCUGCUUCAAACAACACACCUCUUCAACAACCCACCCUCAUUCUCUCCCUAAACCUUCGUUUCAAUGCGUCUCCCCUCACAAGCCCCCCUUUGUAUACAUGUAAAUGAAACACACUAUUUGUACGUUUAGUUGUACAGACAGCUCAAAAUUCAGUAUUCCGAGUGGCUGGUUCUCAAGGAAACUUCCACAAAGUAUCAAAGUACGAAUUAUGCUCAACGUGUCUACCUUACGUAAAUUAAUGUUAAUAUAAAUGUAUCAAAUCAUAUUUUCUUGUCGUUCUCAAACAGAACCUCUCGAAGGGUGUAGGUUAUACGUAAGAACAACUGUUUCAAAUAGUUUAUGUGAUCGAAACUAACUUCCGACCGAACACGUCUACGCAGCACUAAAUUUUUUAUUUAACAAACCAAUGUUUUGUUUGUAGUUUAUAAUAGCGUGACUGAGUUAGCAAGACAAUCAUCACUAAUCUUGUAAGGUUGUGUACAGAAUAAUGAAAAAUAUGAAAAAGCUCUAGGGAAAAAAAGAUUUUCCUCAAUUGUACAACAGCAAGCAACGUACGUUUACCACAUUUCUGAUUUAAGAGUAUAGUUGUUUAUUUUCCCAUAUAUUCGUUCACAUUUUUUUCUGCAGCAACGUUAGUUUAACGAAAGAAAAAUGUACUGAUGAAAACAGUCGCUUACUUUACACAACGUUACAACGUGUUCAUUCUCGGUCUCUUGUCUUUGUGAACUGUCUAUUCCUUCAUUGUUCAAUCAAUGUCUUCCAUUCCAAUCCAGAUUACAACCCACCACACCCAUCAAAUUUUCAUUCAGUGUCCAUUGUUAACUGUCUCCAUAAACUGUAGAAAAUUUGAGCAGAUAUGUAUCUUGACUUUCAAUUGUUUGUCAUUGUUAUACAAAGAGUAAUUACAAAACAUGCAAAUUUGA